GUGCAGGGGAGGAGGCUUCUUCCGGCCGGCUGCAGGGUAGCUGCGUACGUUGAAGGACACAACCCGCGGAAUUGGUGUCUUCUGCAAGAUUGAAAUCAUGGCAGGUCCAGAAGCUGAUGCCCAAUUCCAUUUCACUGGUAUCAAAAAAUAUUUCAACUCUUACACUCUCACAGGUAGAAUGAAUUGUGUACUGGCCACAUAUGGAGGCAUUGCUUUGAUGAUCUUAUACUUCAAGUUAAGGUCUAAAAAAACACCAGCUGUGAAAGCAACAUAAA